AAUCAAAACAAAAUGUACGAAGGAUUGAUCGCCGAGGUUGUAAAUUCCAGUUAAUCGUAAUGUACGUUGCUUAAUUUAGGUUGAUUAGCAUUUUUUAACGAUGGCCAUUAAUCUGGAGAUAAGGCUCAGACGAGCGAAUAAAAUUUACUACGAAGGGGAAACUAUCAGUGGAGUCGUUUACAUAUCAUCUCCAACAGAAAUUAAGCAUGACGGGAUAACGUUGUCCAUGGAAGGACAAGUAAACUUAACCAUCAGCAACAAAAAUGUGGGUAUCUUCGAAGCUAUGUACAAUUCGGUCAAACCGAUAACCCUAUUGAACCAAUUCACUGAUCUGGCUCCGUCUGGUAAGCUAGCCCCGGGAGCCACUGAAAUUCCCUUCGAGCUGCCACUGAUUUGCACUAAAGAGCCCAAAGUGCUGUACGAAACCUAUCACGGAGUGUUUGUUAACGUUACGUACCUACUGAAGGCCGAAAUAAAGCGUAGCUUUCUGGCCAAGACCGUAUCCAAGGCCCAACAGUUUAUCAUCCAGUACCGGCCGAGUCAUCCGUCGGAGAAGAAGACCGAGGUCAAUUUCUCGAUCAGCCCGGAAACGCUCCAGAAAACGGCAAAAGAACGAAUCGCAAUACCACGCUUUCUAAUAACGGGACUGCUCGAUUCGACGGAGACGUGCGUCACCAAGCCGUUCACCGGCAGUCUGACCAUUCACCACACGGAGGUGCCGAUCAAAUCGAUCGAAAUUCAGCUUGUUCGCGUGGAGACGUGCGGCUGUGCCGAGGGUUACGCACGGGACGCAACAGAGAUCCAAAACAUUCAGAUUGCGGACGGAAACGUUUGCCCCAAGGUGCAGAUUCCGAUCUAUAUGACGUUUCCGCGGCUGUUCACGUGCCCAACGUUGAUAACGAAGAAUUUCAAAAUUGAGUUCGAAGUCAAUCUCGUGGUAGUUUUCGGAGACGACUACCUGGUAACGGAGAACUUUCAAAUUGCGUUGAACAGAACAGUCUAACUUUAUAAAUGGCAUGCUGUAUUCUA